GGGAAUUCUGGAGCUUCGGCCACGGGAAUUGAGUCAGUGAUUGAAACCGUGGAAUUCAUCGGAUGUGCACGUUGGAGUUCAUUGAUUGUUUCGCAGUGAAAUGCGUCUCUUGGUUCGCAUGGACAAAUGGAAGAUUGACGAUUAAAGAUCGAUCAGUUGGGUGAAAUUGACUGGCAAUGGGUACAGGGAGGGUUUUAUGUCGAGGUGCGAACAGAGGAGCGAGCGAAUACUGGAGAUUGUUUGCUUCCAGGAAUUUGUCAGCGGCUCAGGGAGUUGCUCGGUCUCGACCUGUGCAAGCACCAGUGCUCGGCAGUAGGCUAGGUGUUCCUGAGAGUGUCAUUGGCACAUAUGGUUCACAUUGCAGGUGGUUCUCAUCGUCUGGAUCAGCAGGUUCCGCAGACAGAGAUCUACCAAUAGAUUUAUCUUUGUACCCGCCCAACUUAAUUCGGAACUUUUCGAUCAUAGCCCAUGUCGAUCACGGCAAAUCCACAUUGGCGGAUCGACUUCUAGAGUUGACGGGAACAAUUCGCAAAGGCCACGGACAACCGCAAUAUCUAGACAAACUACAGGUAGAGAGAGAAAGGGGAAUCACUGUGAAAGCGCAAACAGCGACCAUGUUCUACGAUUACAGUCUUGAUUCUAGGAAGUAUUUGCUGAACCUCAUCGAUACACCGGGUCAUGUUGACUUUAGUUAUGAAGUUUCAAGAUCCCUUGCAGCGUGCCAAGGCGUAUUACUCCUGGUUGACGCAUCUCAAGGGGUCCAGGCACAGACCGUAGCCAACUUCUUCCUGGCUUACGAAGCCGAGUUGUCUAUAAUCCCAGUUAUUAACAAAAUUGAUCAGCCAACUGCGGAUCCAGAGCGAGUAAAAGAGCAACUGAAAUCAAUAUUUGAUAUUAACCCAGAUGAUGUUCUUUUAACAUCAGCGAAAACAGGUCUAGGACUUGCUGAGGUCUUGCCUACAGUGAUAGAAAGAAUCCCUUGUCCCAAAGGAUCUCCGGAACAGCCUUUGCGAAUGCUGCUGUUGGAUUCAUAUUACGACGAGUACAAAGGGGUUGUCUGUCAUGUGGCGGUGGUUGAUGGGACACUGAAGAAGGGAGUGAAGAUUGCUUCAGCUGCAACAGGUCAGAGCUACGAGGUCAAUGACGUUGGCAUCUUGCAUCCAGAGCUUACUUCCACCUCCCAAUUAUAUACGGGACAGGUGGGGUAUGUCGUUGCUGGCAUGCGUUCAACAAAAGAAGCUCGGAUUGGAGACACUUUGCACCUUGCACGAACUCAAGUAGAACCUCUUCCAGGUUUCAAGCCUGCUAAACACAUGGUUUUUGCGGGUGUGUAUCCUGCUGAUGGUUCUGAUUUCGAUGCACUGAACCACGCUAUUGAGCGGCUUACUUGUAACGAUGCAAGCGUGUCGGUCUCAAAGGAAUCAAGUGGUGCAUUGGGCAUGGGAUUCAGGUGCGGAUUUCUUGGCCUUUUACACAUGGACGUCUUUCACCAGCGCUUGGAACAAGAAUAUGGAGCUCAAGUGAUAUCAACUACUCCAACUGUACCUUACGUUUUUGAGUACUCGGACGGAAGCAAAGUAAACGUUCAAAAUCCGGCAGCUCUGUCCUCAAGUCCAGGCAAACGAAUUGUGAAAUGCUGGGAGCCCACAGUGAUGGCUACCAUUAUCACUCCUAGUGAAUAUGUUGGGAGCUUAAUGACGCUAUGCUCAGAACGGAGAGGGGAACAAAUAGAGCACACAUUUAUUGAUGGACAACGAGUAUUGCUGAAGUAUAAACUGCCGUUGAGGGAAGUUGUAAUUGACUUCUACAAUGAGCUGAAAAGUAUUACUUCUGGCUAUGCAUCAUUCGACUACGAAGAGUCUGAAAUGGAGGCCUCAGAUCUAGUGAAGUUGGAUCUUCUGCUGAAUGGGGAACCAGUGGAUGCACUCGCUUGUAUAGUACACCGGUCAAAAGCCGAGCGUGUGGGUCGUGAGCUUUGUGAGAAGCUGAAGAAAAUCCUAGACAGACAACUUUUCGAGAUUGCAAUCCAAGCAGCUAUUGGAUCGAAAGUGGUUGCUCGCGAAUCUCUUUCCGCUUUACGCAAGAAUGUUCUGGCAAAAUGCUAUGGAGGAGACGUGUCACGAAAACGCAAGCUUCUGGAGAAGCAAAAGGAGGGCAAAAGGCGGAUGAAGCGGGUUGGAUCUGUUGACAUACCUCAAGAGGCCUUCCAUUCACUACUUCGAAAUUCAUAGCGAGCCAGAUGUAGGAAAGAGCUUGUCAGUAAAUUAACACUCUUAUCAUGCAAGAAUCGUGUCGGUGAUGUGAAAUAUACCCCCACUAUUGACCUCCCGAAUUUGUUUCAUCUGAAAUCACUUGUGAGCUUCGGCUUGCAGUGCAGUUCAUGAGAACUCUUACCUUAGGCAUGAGGAAUAGACCUCAACACAUGAAGUGUGAACUCGAAAAGAUGAAAGAGUGUUCAGACCUUGAAGAGCUCUGGAGGAUAGUUUGGUCCAUCAGAGAAGGAAACACAGCUACGCAUGUACAGAUAUCAAUAUGAGAAAAUUAUCAGAAACUGUGGUUUCGAAGUUUUGACAUGUAGGUCGAGGCC